CUACAUGAAGCAAUGUCUACUGCACUUUUGAAGUUCUUUGACUCACAGAGUGAUAAAAGCAAUGGUCCAUUCCUCAUAAGUUGUGGUGUUGCUUCAGGUCUCUUUCUUGCUGUUGAUCCAGAAACUCAUGCUGUUAAAGCUACCAAUGAAGUAACUAAAGCCACAAACUUCCAGAUCAUCCCCAGUGAUGAUAAAUACAAUGAGUUUUAUAUUACAUAUCAUGAGGAGAUUGGACGAGUCCUUCGAAAACGUCGUUACUCGGUCUUUUGCACAAGUGACCCUGGAUCAACAGCUGCUUUGUAUUUGAAUGCUCCUGUAAAUAUGAGGGGAUGCAAUGAUGGUCCACUUUACAUGUCAGACACAGUCAGUGAUGAAUCCAGUAGAUUUGUACUACACAGUCGUAUAAUUCAUAAUAAAGUAUCGCCAGUUUCAAUCAGCACUUGGACCAAUGGGACUGAGAUGUUUUUCCUCAACUGCUCUCGAAGGAAGCGCAAAAUAAAUGGCUACCUUGCCGUUAAACGUGUAAGAGAGAGAGGAGCUGCAGACACUUACAUAACAGCAUGUAUGAGCAGUAGAAAAUAUCACAAUGGCACCAGUGUGCAUAUGCUCUUUCAACUGAUACCAACCUACCUAGUUGAAGAUGAGGAAGGUAGUGAAGAUUACAAUGAUGAGAAUGAAGAAGAAACACCACAGCCAAUUGAACAAUUUGAAAUCAAGGAAAGUGAAACUUUUUAACUUUUGUGCAUAAUGUAUGUAUAAUGCAUGCAUAUAAUACUUGCUUUAUUGACUUGUCUUGCAUCUAGCCCUGGUUGUUCUAAGACUUGGCACUUCUGUGAUUUAUUAUUUAUGCUA